AUGGAAGCUCAGGACGGUCUCAAAUUCAGUGUCAAUGGUGCCACAUCGUCCGAUUUCUUGACUGUCUCAAUUCCGCAUCGUCUCUUGAUCAUGUUACUGCGUAGAGGCGGUUUGCAGGACCACGCAACCCUGGAGUCACUUUUGCAAGGCAACGAGCACGAAGUCCGAGUCAAACCAGACUUUCUUGGAAAACCUGUCUGCAGAGCAGCUGGUCCUCGUGGAUUGAGUAUCACGGAAGCAGCCGUCGGUGGCAGGAGCCUAUCCACCUUUCUUGCUGACCAUGCAGUUCAAGCUGGCUAUCCAUUGGGUAUCACCAUGUAUAGCUGGAGAAGAAAAGCUGCCACGACUUGGACAAGAGAUUUGGGUCACGACGUCGCGCGUCAACUUAUGGGUCAUGACUUGAACUCACAUACAUUAGAGCAAUAUUACGAGCAAGGGUUGUAUGACCGGCCUGUCUUUGAGAUAGCAAUGAGACUAGAUACUCAGUGGACUCAGGUGAGGUUACAAGAACAAUCCUCUGAGAUACUGCGACGCAUGGAAGUCAUGGAAACCAAGCGUCUACGAGGAGCGUUUGUUGAUCGACGAGUGAACGAAGUUCUGAACGAAAACGAUGAAUACCAGCAAGCAAAGCAAGCCUCCAAUCUCAAAGCUAUGUGA